UAGAGAGGAAAGAGGCUGAGGAGGAGGGCCGCACUGGAAAGAGACUUUAGUGGGACUGAGUGGGGAGGUGAGCGGUGGACUUUACUGGUGGCAGCAGGGGCCGUAUCAUCGCCUGUGAGGCGGUCGGUUAACUAGGCCGCAGCAGCCAUGGCGGUUGACUUUGGGGACCACGCCAGCGGGUUCCGCCACACGGAGGUGAUCAGGUUCAUCAACAACGAAGUCCUCAUGAACGGCGGCGGCCCAGAUUUCUACGUGGCCUUCCGCUCACGGCCCUGGAAUGAGGUGGAGGACCAGCUUCAGACCGUCGUGGCCGACCCUCAGGUGCCGCGCACCAUUAAGAGAGCCUGUGCCUGGAGCGCGCUGGCCUUGAGCGUGCGUGUGGCUGCGAGGCAGCGGGAGCAGCAGGCGCACCGCCUCCGGCGGCUGCAGGAGCAGGUGGAGGAGCGCGAGACGGCUGCCUGGGCCCUGGCCUCCGAGCUGCAGCGGCUGCGUGGGGAUCGAGAGGAAGUGGCCACGCAGUUGCGCUUCACGCAGGUCGCCCUGCAGCAGGCGCUGAUCGAGUGUGAUGUGCUUCGCGGGCGGCUGCUCCACGUGGAUAGGUCGGCCCAUAUCAUCCCGCUGGCCCAUGAAAUACUGCCUAGGCCUCGAGCCGAGCAGCAUGGGACUAUAGCCUGGCCCCUGAAUGCUGAGCAGCAGAGAGAUGUGGUUGCUAUGGGGUUUCCUGGUAGGUUGUAUCUCGAGGCCCAGGUGCCAGCCCCGGCAGCUGUUCUUUACAUGCCAGGUCCCCCAAGUCCCUGGGCUCAGGCCAUACAACCCCCUCUGCCAGCGCCGGUGCCAUACUCACUUCCAUUCCAAGCACCACUCCCAGUAGGAAUCCCUUUCUUGCCAGCUCUGCCACCAGCAGUAGUCAUGGAUGCAGAAGCUGCAGUAGUCCCACUUCAGAUGGUUCCUCUGGGGAGCUGCCCACCUGGUCCAUGUGCUGCAGUGGGCUUCCGGGAGGAGGGGGCCCCACCGUGGGACCAAAGGAGUUACAGCCAGGAGGGAGGUCCUGAGAUCCUCCAGAAUACAGUCCCCCUGGGGAAUAUCAGAAACCUUAGCCAGGAAGGUCUAGGGAAGCCUCAGGGAAUGGUCCCCUUUGGGGAUAGCUGGAGCCACAGCCAAGAAAAAGGUCCAAAGACGGCCCAGGGGAUGGUUCCUCUUGGGGACAGCUUGGACCUCAGCCAGGGAGCAGAUCAAGGGACACCCCAGGGGAUGGUCUCCCUUGGGGACAGCUGGAGCCAGAUCCAGAAAGGUCCAGAGAAGGUCCAGGGGAUGGUCCCCCUUGGGGAGAGCUGGAGCCUCAGCCAGAAAGAAGGUCCAGAGAAAGCCCAGGGGAUGGUCCUCUCUGGGGAUAGCUGGGGCCGGAGUCAGAAAGAAGGUUUAGAGAGGCCCCAGGGGAUGGUCCCCCCUGGGGAGAGCUGGAGCCUCAGCCAGGAAGAUUCAGAGAGAUUCCAGGAGGUGGUUACCCUGAGGGCCAGUGAGAGCCACAGCCAGGAAGAAUUUCCAAAAAGACCCCAAGGGAUGGCCCCCCUUGGUGCCAGCAGGAGCAAUAGCCAGGAAGAAGAUGCCGAGAGGUCCCAGGAAGUGGUUCCCCUGGGGGUCAGUGAGAGCCACAUCCAGGAAGAAAAUCCAAAAAGACCCCAAGGGAUGGCCCCCCUUGGUGCCAGCAGGAGCAAUAGCCAGGAAGAAGAUGUAGGGGGGCCCCAGGAGGUGGUACCCCUGGGGGCCAGUGGGAGCCACAUCCAGGAAGAAAAUCCAAAAAGACCCCAAGGGAUGGCCCCCCUUGGUGCCAGCAGGAGCAAUAGCCAGGAAGAAGAUCCAGGGGAGCCCCAGGAGGUGGUACCCCUGGGGGCCAGCGGGAGCCACAGCAAGGAAGAAGGUCCAAAAAAACCCCAAAGGAUGGCCCCCCUUGGUGCCAGUAGGAGCAACAACAAGGAAGAAGAUCCAGAGGGGGCCCAGGAGAUGGUAUCCCUGGGGGCCAGUGGGAACCACAACAAGGAAGAAGGUCCAGAAAGACCCCAAGGGAUGGCCCCUCUGGGGGAUAACAGUAGCCAAAGCCAGGAAGGGGAUCUGGAGAGACCCCAGGGGACUGGUCCCCUGGGGGGCAGCAGAAGCGACAGCCAGGAAGAAGGUCCACAGAGGCCCCAGGUGCCCCCCCUGGGGGAUGGCUGGAGCCAAAUUAUGAGGGAAAACCCAAAGAUACAGCAGCCUCUGGGGCAGAAGGCCAAGCAACCAAAAGGGAAAAAAGCUUUGGAUUCCAAGCACCAGGAGAAAUUUGUCUCAAGAUGCAGUCCCAAGGAUUGGGACUGCCCAUGGUGUAAAGCCAUGAAUUUUUCAUGGCGCAAGUCCUGCUAUAAAUGCAAGAAAGUCUGUGUGGCAGGUGAGAGUAGAGGCCGGGACCCAGGACAAACUCACUAAUUUUAGGAAGGUGGGGGCCUGUUUUUGUGUCUCUGAGCCCCACAGAACUUGUUUGUUGCUGAAGAAGCUGAACCCGUCCCAUUAGAAGAUUUCCCAAGAGUCUAAAGAAAUCACACCUUGACUCCAGCUGACCCGCACCUCGUUGAGACCCCCCAUUGGCUGGAACUGAGAAGAGUGAGAGGAAGUCAGGGAAGAAGAGAUGCUCUGGCACUCAGUAGGGGGGCAGGGAGGGCAAAACAAUUUUGUUCGAAUGUAAUUUCUCUGUUGGGAUUAAUUUGGGAGAGUUGGGGGGGUGUUGCAGUAUUAAAUUCUAUAGAUGAUAGUAAAUUUGAUGGAUUACAUUUAAUCGUUAAACAAAUAGUUAUUGUCUAGUAUGUGUUAAGAGCUAGACUUAUAUGUUAAUAUCUGGUGCACACAUUAUAACUUGAUUUGGUGAGUUUGGUUAGAUAACAGGAGAGAGCCUAAUUUGGGAUGCAAAGUAUAUCAGGAGGAUGUCUUUGCCUGGCAUACAGCAUGAUUUUCUGGUAAACCCAACUGAAAUGACAUCCAAAUAUAUAUAUAUAUAUUUAAAGAUGUUAUUUAUUUAUUUUUGAGCGAGCGAGCACAAGCGGGGAGAGGGGCAGAAGGAGAAGCAGACUCCCCGCUGAGCAGGGAACCCGAUGUGGGACUCAAUCCCAGGACCCUGGGAUCAUGACCUGAGCCGAAGGCAGGUGCUUAACCCACUGAGCCACCCAGGUGCCCCACAUCCAGAUAUUUUUGCAGUUCUGGGAGUAACAUCAGGGACUUUCAUGAAAGAAUUUGAGUCACUGAAUUGCUCAUCUCACUGUUCACAGGUGAGACAAAUGAGCAGUGGCAGAGAUCAGGAAAGUGGCUUCAUGAAAGUGCAGGUGGGACUUUUCUGAUACUCUGUUGAUUUCUUACUUUGAGAGGAACAGCUAUCUUCCUGGUUGCCUGAAUGAUCGCUGGGUGACUUAAAGAAAGACAGUACUUGAGAGAGUGUUGGCUACACCCUCGAGCCCUCAGCUUUGGAUCACCACCAUCCCAAGCUCCUUUCCAGUCAAGAUGGAUGAAGAACAAAAUGGAUUCCAAGGGCGAACACCAUGCUGUGGAUGGUGCUUCUCUUGGGAAGACUAACUGGAUUAAAAAGAGAACUGGACUGAGAGAAGCCCUUUUGAGAAUGCCCCGGGCCCCUUCCCUCCCAUUUGGUGUGUUCUCUGCAGGCUCUCUGCUCC